UAGGACUGGUGAAUCGUGGUGCAUCAGAUGAGACUUUGCCCCAUGUUACGAUCUCCAAUAUGACACGGAACUCAUCAUUCUAUUAAGGCAGGCAAGAAGCUGCGCUCUAAUUAACUUGCUACCGCCCGUCUCACACGGUCCAUCACCCUAUGUGCAAAACGAGUGUACCCAAUGACGGACAAUAAAUCGUCACUUCAGUUGAAGACCAAUCAUGGAGUAGAAUUGAUGGUCGGGUCGACAUUGUUCGCGCAAUCAACGGGGGCAGUGUAUGUUUGAAUUAAAGUCGCGCGUUCCGUUUAAAGACUACAAAUACGUUGUAGGCAAAAGUUUCAGGUUUCAUCUCUAACUUUCCGUACUGAGCGAAGUCGAUUGAAGUAUUUGACAUAGAAACUUGUGUUUGCGGAGGAAGUAUGUUUUGCAGUGUGAAUUAUAUUUGACAUGACCGAGUACUAUAUUGGCAUUAUUUUAUAACUUUACGAAAUGUCUCUAACGUUUGUGCUAAGUUAAGUUAGCUUGCUUAAAUAAGUUAGGACUACUAGUAUUGCUAGCCUGAUGAACCAAGUUGGCUUCCACCAGCUAACUUUAAACACCGACCGUAACGUUAGUUAUCAAGAACAUCACAGUGGCGAAUAUCUGAACGCUAACAAAAACAGACAACUAUUUCAGCGGCGUGAAUUCAUCUCGCUAUGGCUGAGGGAUCAUACGGAGGUGCCAAUAUAACUUCAUUUCCAUCGAGAAAUAGGAAAGUGAUGAGCAAUGCGUCUGCUGCCACAAAUAUGCGGCGAAGAAGUCGACAAAACCAAAGACGGACUACUCACAAUCGGGUUGUUCUUGAAAGAGUGCUUGGAAUCACCACCUCCAACGGUAGUGGCCUGGCCUGUGACCCGAACACGGGAUUAGUUGCCUACCCUGCAGGGUGUGUUAUUGUGAUACUUCAUCCAAAGAAAAACAAACAGUUUCACAUCCUCAAUACAUCAAGAAAAACCUUCACUGCCCUGGCAUUCUCUCAAGAUGGAAAAUAUUUGGUCACUGGUGAGAGUGGUCACAUGCCCUGUGUGCGAGUGUGGGACGUGGCUGACAGGACCCAGGUGGCAGAGGUCCAGAGCCACAAGUAUGGGGUGGCUUGUGUGGCCUUCUCCACCAACAGCAGCUACAUCGUGUCUGUGGGCUAUCAGCAUGACAUGACCGUCAGUGUCUGGGAGUGGAGGAAAGGCACUGUGAUCGCAUCCAACAAGGUAUCCAGCAAGGUCCAGUCAGUGUCCUUCUCUGAGGACAACAGCUACUUUGUCACUGCGGGAAACCGUCACAUCAGGUUCUGGUACCUGGAUGCUUCCAAGGAGAGACGGGUUAACAGCACGGUGCCCUUAAUUGGCCGGUCGGGGUUACUAGGGGAACAGCGGAACAGCAUGUUCUGUGGAUUGGCUUGUGGGCGGGGAAAGAUGGCUAGCAGUACCUACUGCAUCACCAGCUCGGGGCUGCUGUGUCAGUUCAACAGCAACAGGAUGCUGGACACCUGGGUCGACCUCAAGACGACCUCAGCCCGCUGCCUGUCUGUGAGCGAGGUCUACAUCUUCUGUGGCUGUGCUGACGGCACCGUUCGUGUCUUUAGCCCCCAGACCCUUCAUUACAUCGCCACCCUGCACCGACCUCACUGCCUGGGGGUGGAUAUCACCCAGGGCAUCCUGCCAGAGCACCUGUUCUCGGCCAAACAAGAGGCAGAGUACCCAGACUCCCUGGCACUGACCUUUGACCCUGUGACAAGGCACCUGACCUGUGUGUACAAUGACCACAGUGUGUAUGUGUGGGACGUGCGUGACGUCAGGAACGUGGGGAAGGUCUACUCUGCCCUCUACCACAGCGGCUGUGUCUGGAGUGUGGAGACCUACCCUGACAUGGGAGAGCCAUCGCUGGCCUGUCUUCCUGCGGGGGCCUUCCUCACCUGCUCCUCCGACAACACCAUCCGCCUGUGGCACGGCGACCCCCUGCAGGGUCAGGCUCAGUCCAGCGCCCCGGGCCCCGGCUGCCUGCGCAACUUCUACAGCAACGAUCUGAUGAGGAUAGUCUACGUCGGGGAGGACACCCAGCAUCUGCGGGCGGAGGGCGGGCGAGGAGAUGGCGCUGGGAUGGACGGCAAGGCUGGUGUCCGUGUGCUCAGCGUCAGCCCUGAUGGACAACACCUCGCUGUGGGAGAUCGCAGCGGCAACCUCCGGAUCUUCGGUCUGCAGUUCAUGGACGAGCUCCAGAAGAUCGAGGCUCACGACUCCGAGGUGCUGUGCCUGGAGUUCUCCCCGACACACACCGGCCUCGGCCUGCUGGCGUCCGCAAGCAGAGAUCGCCUCAUUCACAUCUUCAACAUGGAGAAGAACUACACCCUACAGCAGACUGUCUACGACCACUCGGCCUCCAUCACCGCCAUUAAGUUCACAGGUGUGAGCCCGGAGGUGCGGAUGGUGAGCUGUGGAGCUGACAAGAGUAUCUAUUUCCGCACAGCGGAACAGACGCCGGAAGGUUUAAACUUCUCCCGCACGCACCACGUGGUAGAGAAGACCACCUUGUACGAUAUGGACCUUGACGCCACUCGCGCGCACACCACCAUUGCCUGCCAGGACAGGAACAUCAGAGUGUACAAUGUGAAGAGUGGAAAAAUGAAAAAGUGCUUCAAGGGCUCAACCAGUGAUGAGGGCACCCUCCUCAAGGUUCAGCUGGACCCUUCAGGCACAUACCUAGCCACAAGCUGCUCUGACAAGAACAUCUGCAUCUUCGACUACGAGUCAGGGGAAUGUGUGGCCACCCUGUUUGGACACUCGGAGAUUGUGACGUGUAUGAGAUUCAGCCAGGACUGCCGACACCUCAUCACGGUAUCUGGAGACAGCUGUGUGUUUGUGUGGAAGCUGGACUCCCACAUGACUGUCUCCAUGAGGAAGAGGCUGGCUGAGGUAAAGCAGAGAGCAGGACUGAAGCCUUCUGCCCAACCCGCCACCCAACAGCAGGCCAUCAGGAGAGAGACCUUCAUCACAGGACCCAGCCUGCUGCCCCAGGAGGAGGAAGAGGAGGAGAAGGGUUUGGUCGAGGAGGAAGAAGAGGACCCUCAGACCCCUGCUAGAUUUGACGUCACUUACGACUUUCCAGAUCUGGAUCCCAUGGUUCUAACUAACGGCAAACUGCCCAUGUGGGCCCGCAAACUGGGUUCGGCCAUGGGGACCACCAUCCCUCCGGCACCUGAGGUGAAGCUGGGGCCCCAGCAGCCCCGGGGCCGCUGGGCAGAGCAGCUGGACCCCCAGGCCCUCCGCUCGGUCCUCGACACCAGGAGCCUUCAGCUCGCCCUGUCCCCCAGCCCCAGGCGGCCCGAGGGCCAGGAGGACGAGGAGGAGGAGCAGGAGGAUGAUCCUUACUUCCACCCUCAGAGCCUGGAUAGUCUUCUAGGAGGAGACGAGGAGGAGCCAGAGGAGGUGGAUGAAGAGGAAGAUGAAAAGGGGUCAAGUGCAACAUUUGGGUCCCAUCCAGAGGGGCCUGACUUCCUGGCCCUGCAAGAUAGUGAGGAGAUGUUUGAUCCGGGCCUCAGCUCCCUGGAGCGGAGUGACUUUGUGCUCUACCCUGCCAACAGCACCACCCUGUCCACAAGCGGAGAGGGAGAGUUUGACGUGCGGGACCAGAAGCAGGAGCGGAGGCAGGUGUGGGCUGGGGAGGAGCUGAGUCCAGACAGCGCCUGCUGUGUCGGCUCUGCUGGGAGCCAAGACCAGCACCAGGACGACACAGACUCGCUGAGUCAGGUGAGCUCCACGGGCAGCUCAGGGGUGGAGGAAGAGGAGGAGGAGGAAGAGCAGCGGGAGACACUGCUGCACCAACACUUUGACACUCUGGCCAACAAUCUGCCCAGUGAAGAGAAGUUUGACACAGACCCCCGCAGCCUGCAGCAGCCGGCCGAGAGCCACUUCCUGAACCCGCGACUCAGCAUCUCCACCCGCUUCCUGUCUCACUUCCAGAGCCGCGUCCGCCCAGGACUCCUUCCUGCCCCACGUCAUGCCCGACUCCACCCCAGGAUCUCUGAGGAGGCCAGCGACCAGGCCCCCAGCACCCCCGAGGUCGACUCAAAGCUGUGUCCUGAGCCGUGUGCCACGGAACUUUCUGAAGCGGGUAACCCAGACAGUGACAGAGCGCUAAGGUGUCAUCCUGUGGCGCUAAAGAGACGGGGCUGCUCCGUCAAAGCCCAGUGCUGCCCUCAUCCUCGCCCUCGGCCCCUACGCAGCCGCAACACCAUAGCUGUCAUCCACUGGAGAGACUCCCUGGGAGAUAUUACAAACAAGACUCUGGCAUCACAGUCUUUCUCUCAGAACACUGCCCCGGUAGAGCUCCUGGCCCCACCUGGUAGUUCAGGCCAGAAAGGCUCCCUCGCUGCCCUGGAUAAGGACCUCCUCUCCCGGCCUUGCCGCCAGAGCUACAUGGGCACCACAGCCAGCUCCAGGGCCAAGAUCUCCCAGGGCCACACGGCAGGCGAGGGUCUGAACAUCUCCCCCACAGACGAGCAGCCUGGUGACCCCAUGGAGGGGAAGUCUUCAUCCAUCCCAGAUUUGACGGCGCAGGAGUGGAAAGAGAACCUUUCUUCCUCGGCACCCCCUCCUGUGGCCCCGACCACCACAACCUUGCCCUCCUCGCUGGUGUAUUCUGCUCCUGCCAGCCAGCCUCAUCUUCCCUCUCCUGCUCCUGGAAAUCACAGUGCGAGAGCUUUCCUCCACCUGGACCUGGCCAUGCCCGAGGCCCCGGCUCCGUCCUGCAUGUCGCCCUUGUCCUACAAGACACGGCGGCGCACUGUGGACUCGCCCCGGCGCCCGGCCCUGGUGACCCCCACGGAGAUGCGCUCUCUGGGCAAAGAGGCCAAGAAGCGCAUCAGCAACAUCGAGCAGACCCUGACGCCCAGGAGAGGGCAUCAGGCACGCAGCCUGGGCCCCACCACCCGGACAGAGAGCCCAGCCAGGUCUCAGUCCCCGUGUGGCCCCAGGCGCCAGGAGGAGGAAGGGCUGCGGUCCAGUGUACCCCAGCAGUCCAGUCCCACCUUUGAUCCCUCAGCCAGCCCUCCACCUGGGCACAGCAUGCCACCGUCAGAAAGUUCAGAAGAGCGUUCAAACUCCUCCAACUCAGGCUCAGAUUCUGUGGAGGAAACUGUGAACGUCCAGAUGUGUAACCAGAUUGUUGAAGAACUGGGCAACACCAUGAGAAGAACAGUCAACUUUUAUAAUAAGGUGUGUUCCAUGUCAGACGGUCUAGAUCAGCAGGCGCAGAUGCUGGGCUUCCUGAAGGGGGCCUUUACAUCGGUCCAGAGCGAGCUGGACUCCCUGUAUUUGGAGGACAGGCGUCCUGGCCCCUCCCCCGUGGAGGACAGGCAUCCUGGCCCCGCCCCUGUGGAGGUCAGGCAUCCUGGCCCCGCCCCUGUGGAGGACAGGCGUCCUGGCCCCGCCCCUGUGGAGGACAGGCGUCCUGGCCCCGCCCCUGUGGAGGACAGGCGUCCUGGCCCCGCCCCUGUGGAGGACAGGCGUCCUGGCCCCGCCCCUGUGGAGGACUCCCCUGGCCGCCAGCUGAGAGACGACAGGACUGUGGCUCUGUUGGAAAAGUACUCUGAAAUGUUGCUUCAGAUCGCAGAGAGAAAGAUGGACAGUCACUGA